AUGACGUUGUACUUCCGGCGCGUCAAGUUGCGCAACCCAUUCAAACCCUCUCACAAGGCAUACUUUGAGAUUGUUCUGGGCGCAGAGGCCGAGAGAAAAAAGAAGGCGGAGAGAGCUGCCAAGAAGGCAGAGAUCAAGCGUGCCGAGAAAGGGUUUGGACGAGGGCAGUUCAUUGGUCUCCUGCGUCCAAUGAUUGAACCCUCUAUCAAAGCAGAGGGUGAGGCUGGCAUAGACGGCGAUGAAGAUGAAGUGAUCAGGGACGAGGAAGGAGAGCAGAGCGAGGAGAUCUGGGAGGGAGACUGGACGUCGAUUUUCGAGUACUAUGAGUAG